AUGUCCAAAGCUCUUCUCAUCACAGGUGCAACCGGCAAGCAAGGCGGCGCCACAAUUGACGCCCUGAUCAGCUCUCCAUCCCACAGCUCCGAAUUCACAAUUCUAGCCGUCACCCGCAACCCAUCAUCAGCCUCAGCAGUCGCAUUACAGAAGAAGUCUCCAGCCAUAAAGCUAGUGACCGGCGAUCUCAAAGACGUGCCCGGUGUCUUUGACGCAGCCGAAGCAAUCCACAAACCCAUCCAUGGAGUCUUCAGUGUACAGACCUUUAUGGGUCAAGGCCAGAGCGUCGAGACUGAAGAGCAGCAAGGCAAAGCACUUGUAGAUGAAGCACUCAAACGCGGUGUCAGUCAAUUCGUCUACGCAUCGGUGGACCGUGGCGGCGACAAGUCUCUUGAGAACCCAACAAAUAUCCCGCACUUUAUCUCCAAGCAUAAUAUCGAGCGUCACUUGGUCGACAGAACAAAGGGCUCAAGCAUGUCGUACACCAUCCUCCGUCCCGUCGGCUUCAUGGACAACUGGGUCCCCGGCAUGAUGGGCAAGAUGUUUGGAGCCAUGUGGGCUUCAGCGCUAUCGCCAGACCGCAAGCUGCAAUUGAUCGGUGUGAAAGACAUUGGCCACUUCGCCGCCGAAGCCUUCCGUAACCCUGCCCGCUACAACAACCGCGCCAUCAGUCUCGCAGGAGAUGAGCUCACUCUCAAAGAAGCAGACAAGGUGUGGAAGGAUGCAAUUGGCCAGGGAGUGCCAAAGACCUAUUCCUUCAUGGGCUCUGGCUUGCUGUGGGCGAGCAAGGAGUUGGGCUCUAUGUUCAGAUGGUUCGAGACCGAUGGUUACAAUGUCGACAUUGCGGCUCUCAGAAAGGAACACCCUGGUCUGCAGACUUUGGGUGAUUGGAUUGUCAAGGAAAGUGCUUUCAAGAAGGAAUAG